GCUGCGGGGCUCCCGCCUGCUUUCGGGGCGGGUUCGCCCUGCUUUGGCGGGCGGGCGAGCGGUAGCCGAGGUCGGACGCCUUUGGGGUGGCCUUCGCGUCGUGACACCCUCGCUGACUACCUUCCCCCGGGCGACCGCGAUUUGUUGGAGAUUGAUUUCUAUGGCAGAGUCUAUCCUUGGAAUCCUUCAAACUCAAGUGUUUGCAAACAAAACAAACUUACUAUCCUUUUCUCUUGACAAAUAUACUGUCAGUUUAUGAUGAUGGAUAGCAUUAAGUGAGGAAAUGAAACUGACGCCAACCCAAAGCAACAUUUAGAGGAACACUUUAGGAUAAAAUUCUUCUUUCUAGGUUUUCCAGGAGGCACACAAGAAGAUCUGAUGGCCAAAAGAAAGGAAGAAAAUUUCUGUUCUCCUGAAAAUGCUAAAAGGCCAAGACAAGAAGAACUGGAAGAUUUUGAUAAAGAUGGCGAUGAGGACGAAUGUACAAUUUCUUUCACUAAUGGGACCUCUACUUUGACUGCAGCAGAAGUUGGAAUAAUUGAGAGUAUUCAACUAAGAAACUUCAUGUGCCAUUCAAUGCUUGGACCUUUUAAAUUUGGUUCUAAUGUCAACUUCGUUGUUGGCAAUAAUGGAAGUGGAAAGAGUGCUGUGCUCACCGCUCUCAUAGUUGGUCUUGGUGGAAAAGCAGUUGCUACUAAUAGAGGAUCCUCUUUAAAAGGUUUUGUAAAAGCUGGACAGAACUCAGCAGACAUCUCAAUAACGUUGAGGAACAGAGGUGACGAUGCCUUCAGGGCAAAUGUGUAUGGCGACUCCAUAGUUGUGCAGCAACACAUUAGUGUGGACGGAAGUCGAUCUUACAAACUAAAAAGUGAAAAAGGCACCGUGGUUUCUACUAAGAAGGAAGAGCUCAUUGCAAUUCUUGAUCAUUUUAACAUCCAGGUGGACAAUCCAGUUUCUGUUUUAACACAAGAGAUGAGCAAACAGUUCUUACAGUCUAAAAAUGAGGGAGACAAAUACAAAUUCUUCAUGAAAGCAACCCAACUUGAACAGAUGAAGGAGGAUUAUUCAUAUAUUAUGGAAACAAAAGAAAGAACAAAGGAGCAGAUAAAUCAAGGAGAAGAGCGACUUACUGAACUAAAGCGCCAGUGUUUGGAGAAAGAGGAACGUUUUCAAAAUAUUGCCGGCUUAAGUACAAUGAAAACUAACUUAGAGUAUUUGAAACAUGAAAUGGCUUGGGCAGUGGUCAAUGAAAUUGAAAAACAAUUAAAUGCUAUUCGAGAUAAUAUCAAAAUUGGUGAAGAGCGUGCUGCCAAACUUGAUAGGAAAAUGGAAGAACAGCAGGUCAGACUUAAUGAUGCAGAAAAAAAGUACAAAGAUAUUCAAGAUAAACUAGAAAAAAUUAGUGAAGAGACAAAUGCCCGAGCUCCGGAAUGCAUGGCUUUGAAAACAGACGUGAUCGCGAGGACGAGAGCCUUUAACGAUGCCGAGGUUUUGUAUAACCGUUUCCUAAAUGAAUAUAAAGCAUUAAAGAAAGAUGAUGAACAGCUUUGUAAAAGAAUUGAGGAGCUAAAGAAAAGCACUGAUCAGUCUUUGGAACCAGAGCGCUUGGAAAGGCAACGAAGAAUCUGUUGGUUGAAAGAAAAAGUACAGGCCUUGCAGGACCAGGAAAGUUCCGUCAAUCAGGAGGCUGCACAGUUCGAACAAGUUAUAGAAAAGGACAAACAAGAACAUGUCCGGAUUAAGAGAGAAGAUUUAGAUGUGAGGCAUACACUGACCUAUAAUCAGAGACAAUUGAAAGAACUGAAAGAUAGUAAGACUGAUCGACUGAAAAGAUUUGGUCCUCAUGUUCCAGCUCUGCUGGAGGCAAUAGACGAUGCAUACAGGCGGAGACAAUUCACUCAUAAGCCUAUCGGCCCUUUAGGUGCUUGCAUUCAUCUGCGGGAUCCAGAACUUGCAUUGGCCAUUGAAUCUUGCUUGAAAGGACUUCUGCAAGCGUAUUGUUGCCAUAAUCAUGCUGAUGAGAGAGUACUUCAGUCAUUGAUGAAAAAAUUUUAUCCGCCAGGGACCUCUCGGCCUCAGAUAAUUGUUUCUGAAUUUCGGAGUGAGGUAUAUGAUGUGAGACUCAGAGCUGCUUACCAUCCGGAGUUUCCAACUGUUCUGACAGCGUUAGAAAUAGACAAUGCUGUUGUUGCAAAUAGUUUGAUUGACAUGCGGAGCAUAGAGACAGUGCUGCUGAUCAAAAAUAAUUCUGUAGCUCGUGCAGUCAUGCAGUCCCAAAAGCCACCUAAAAAUUGUAGAGAAGCUUUCACUGCUGACGGUGAUCAAGUGUUUGCAGGUCGUUAUUAUUCAUCUGAAAACACAAGGCCCAAGUUUCUAAGCAGAGAUGUGGAUUCUGAAAUAAGUCAUUUGGAGACUGAGAUUGAAAAUAAAAAGGCCCACAUAAUAAAUCUUCAGCACCAUUUGUCUGCCCUUGAGAAGGAUAUUAAAAGAAAUGAAGAACUCCUUAAAAGGUGCCAGCUACAUUAUAAAGAAAUAAAGAUGAAGAUAAGAAAAAAUAUUUCUGAAAUUCGGGAACUUGAGAAUAUAGAAGAACACCAGUCUGUUGAUAUUGCAACCUUGGAAGAUGAAGCUGAGGAAAAUAAAAUAAAAAUGCAGAUGGUUGAGAAAAAUAUGGAACAACAAAAAGAAAACAUGGAGAACCUUAAAAGUCUAAAAAUUGAAGCAGAGAACAAGUAUGAUACAAUUAAAUUAAAGAUCAACCAGCUGUCAGAGCUGGCAGAUCCACUCAAGGAUGAAUUAAAUCUUGCUGACUCUGAAGUGGAUAGCCAAAAACGAGGAAAGCAGCAUUAUGAAGAUAAACAGAAAGAACAUUUGGAUACCUUAAAUAAAAAGAGAAGAGAACUCGACAUGAAGGAAAAGGAGUUACAGGAGAAAAUGUCACAAGCAAGACAGAUCUGCCCAGAACGGAUAGAAGUAAAGAAAUCUGCAUCAAUUCUAGACAAAGAAAUUAAUCGGUUAAGACAAAAAAUACAGGCAGAACAUGCUAGUCAUGGAGAUCGAGAAGAAAUAAUGAAGCAGUACCAGGAAGCAAGAGAAACCUAUCUUGAUCUGGAUAAUAAAGUAAGAACUUUAAGAAGGUUCAUUAAAUUACUAGAAGAAAUAAUGACUCAUAGGUACAAAACAUACCAACAGUUUAGAAGGUGUUUGACAUUGCGAUGCAAAUUAUACUUUGACAACUUAUUAUCUCAGCGGGCUUAUUGUGGGAAAAUGAAUUUCGACCACAAGAAUGAAACUCUUAGCAUAUCAGUUCAGCCUGGAGAGGGAAAUAAAGCUUCCUUCAAUGACAUGCGUGCUUUGUCCGGCGGUGAGCGCUCUUUCUCCACAGUGUGCUUCAUCCUUUCCCUGUGGUCCAUUGCCGAAUCACCUUUCAGAUGCCUGGAUGAGUUUGAUGUCUACAUGGAUAUGGUUAAUAGGAGAAUUGCAAUGGACAUGAUACUUAAGAUGGCAGAUUCCCAGCGUUUUAGACAAUUUAUCUUGCUUACCCCUCAAAGCAUGAGCUCACUUCCUUCAAGUAAACUGAUUAGAAUUCUUCGAAUGUCUGAUCCUGAAAGAGGGCAAGCCACAUUGCCUUUCCGACCUGUGACUCAAGAGGAAGAUGACAACACCAGUUGACAACUUAGUGCCUUGUCCUCCUGCUGGAAGAUAGUGAAGGGGUCUGGACUGAAGAGGCUCCUUUCAUCUGAUCCAUCGAUUGUGGAAAGCCUAGAAAACCAGCCGCUGCCAAUAGAUAAAAUUACGACUGCUUUCCUUGUGAAAACCAAUUUCACAAUACUGGUUUUAAACCUUUUAAGUUUGCUUGCUUUGGAGUUUCUGUGUUUUACCUGUUUGUUUUUACCAUCUACUUUUAUAAAUUUUUUCAGGAGUAAAAUUUUGUACAUAUGCACAUGUACAUAUCUGUUCAGUUUGUGUUCAUUUCUAUAGUAUUUUGUAAGAAUUAUAAUAAAAGUUUGAGCACCUGAUGUUUACUUUUGACUUCCAGGUUGUUACAGCCUAAUUUUUAAAAUUAGCAAAUGUCUCAGUAUGGAAUGGGGGAUGCAGUGCACAAGAUUGGAUAACUGCACACUUAGUUUAAGUAUUAGAGACUUACAUAAGUCUGGAUAUACUAAGCAAAAUCUUUGCUUGCACAUUGAUUUUUAACACUAGGGUGCAACUAUAGAUUCGGGGUAUAGUUUUUAUUUUUAUUUUUUAUGGUUUAUUUAUUUUAUGUGCAUUGGU